AUGGCUGACCAGCGACAAGAUGACACAAACAGCCGGACGAGUAGUUUACCCUCACAUUCUACCGGCAGUCAGAAUGAAGACGACAUGACACACAAUGAAAUCAAAGGGUGGUUAAUGAAGAGAACGAGGUUAUCGCGAAAGUGGAAGAAACAGUGGUUUUUGCUGAAGAACACAGAUCUGUUUUAUGGUGAUAGUCCUGCGACAACAGUCAAAAAGAUACCUUUGGCAAAUGCCGAGAUCUCAGAAUGCGGAGUUGAUAAAAAGCCUCAUGCCUUCCGAUUAAAACCCAAAGACAAUGGUCGUAUAUACUACAUACAGGCCGAUAACGAGUCCGUGCAGAAUGACUGGAUGCAGGCAAUUUGUUUCGCUAAGGCAGCAGGGCAGCACGGAGAUGCAUCUCAGGCAUGUGUCAUCCAGUGAUAUAGGAAUCCUGCUGGUCUGGAACUGGCAUGGCUGUACCCUUCAUGUGGCAGGAGUGCGCCAUCUGUAGACAGAGAUGCACACAUGGAGUGCUACAGUGUACAUGUAUAUAUCACAGUGCAGAUAUUCAGCAUGCAGCUCAUCAGAUUAACUCUAACAAUCACCUGGUACUUGACUGAUCUUCCUUCAUAAUACCAUGAUGUAUUUUUU